CCGACCCGGAAGUGUUGUCAUUAUUUCUUUCUUGACACGUAGUUUGCGGAGUUGGCGGUGUUCUCUACGGGAUAACAGCGCAGGCUGCUUGCGAUGUCUGGGUUCGACAACUUCAACACAGACUUUUACCAGUCUAGCUAUAGCGUAGAUGACCAAAGCCAAGCUGGAUACGGUUACAGCAACACGGAGGACGCAUACAACAAGCCAUAUGGUCAGUAUGACUAUUCACAACCCAUGGGCUACACGGCUCCCCCGGGUAUGAUGCCCCAGCCCCAGCAGCCUUACACGGGGCAGAUCUACCAGCCCACGCCUGCCUUCACCCCCACCUCCUCGCAGUCCAUGUACAACAGCAGCUUCGAAGACGAGCCCCCACUGCUGGAGGAGCUGGGAAUCAACUUUGACCACAUCUGGCAGAAGACACUAACGGUGCUGCACCCGCUGAAGGCAGCAGAUGGCAGUAUAAUGAACGAGACUGAUCUGGCUGGGCCUAUGGUCUUCUGCCUGGCAUUCGGUGCCACGCUGCUUCUUACGGGUAAGAUCCAGUUUGGCUACGUGUAUGGUAUCAGUGCCAUCGGCUGCCUGGGCAUGUACUGCCUCCUCAACCUCAUGAGCAUGACUGGUGUCUCCUUCGGCUGUGUGGCCAGCGUCCUGGGCUACUGUCUGUUACCCAUGAUCCUCCUCUCCGGUUUCGGUGUGAUCUUCUCUUUACAAGGCAUGCUGGGAAUCUUCCUGACGGCUGCCAUCAUUGGCUGGUGCAGCUUCUCGGCAUCCAAGAUCUUCAUCUCCGCUCUAGCCAUGGAUGGACAGCAGUUCCUGGUGGCCUACCCCUGCGCCCUGCUGUACGGGGUCUUUGCCCUCAUCUCUGUAUUCUGAGCCCGGAACGUCAACAGGACAUAUGGCCAUGCCAAUGUACACUUUGAGGACCACUUUGUUGUAAAGUGCAUCAGUAAAGCUGGGAUUUGGCUAAGUCAAGAAAGUCCUUCCCAUGUAAAGCAUUCCAUAUUCAGCAUCUGCCAGAAGGGGGUGGCUAUAGUGGGUUGUUUUUUUUGUUUUUUUUUGGGGGGGUUUUUUGCCCCCCCCCCCACCUUUUUUUUUUUUUGUGUGUUUUUCUUUCUUUUUUUUCAGUUUGAAUAAGGAAUGAAACUUUGUAAAUGAAAUUUCCCUAGCGCCAGCCAGAAGGCAAAACUGAGUCGUGUUUAAUGGAGAACAGAGUACGUAAUCAAUACAGGGCACACUCUUCGGCUACGCACCACAUGCUUUUUGACCCGUUAAAAAAUAUAUAUUUGCGGCUACGGUGUGUGCCUCGGUUUGUUUGCCAGGAUAUGUUUGGUGUGUGUUUUUUGUUUUUGUUUUUUUUUUUUUUUUUUUGUUUGUUUUUUUUUCCUUCACCCCUCCCUCUGAAUAUGCAUUGUUUGUACAGAUUAUGUUCAGUCAGAUGCUUUGGUCAGUACAUGGCGAUGAGGAUAAUCACAUAUGCAGAACGCUGAUCUGCACAUUCAUAAGAAUUAGAGAAGACUUGGGAAGGUGCAUUAUCAUUCUUAGUUUUCUUAUUUUUGUUUUGUUUUUUUCUUUUUUGCCAUCCCCUCUCAUGUUACAGCACACGGUGCUGAAAUGCACAGCAUCGAGGCCUAUUAGUAAUUCAAAUGACCUGUCAUUCCUGUUCAUUCUAGUACAGAGGCAGUACCUUUUUUAGCUUUCAUUUUCAUGAGAGUGAACUUGCAAGGUAGGGUUAUGUCGUCAUCUAAUUUAGCACGACACAAUUGCCGUGACGUAUUUGCCUAUGUUGAUCUCCUGAGAUUGGGGAAGCGCAGACCUGAGACAGUUACAGCGGUGCGAGUGCUCUUCAGCCAAGGACCAUCACAACUCAGUCUUAUUCGCUUAAGAAGAGCUUCUCCACUCUUCGUUCACUGUAAGCAAGGGGCUGCUGUGUGCUGCGACUGCUGGCGAGCCGGGCUUGCGCUCUCCUGCUUCCCGCUAUAUUUACUUCCUGUACUCCGGAGGUGUCCAGUGAUUUUUAUCUAUUUUGUCUCGUGGAACAUCAGUGAGAAGUUGGAUGGGUUUCACCCUUCUUGCUUCACAGGCCAUUUUAUGAAAUAAAUGGAUGAAAUUUGGUUGAA